AUGGAGAGAUAAUAAUAUCCUUUAGCUAGGAUAGAAUUCUUAGAAUAUGGAAAAUAAAUCAAUAAUGAUUGGAUAUUGAUAAAUAAAUCAAGAUUGAUGACUUUAUAAAGUGUAUUAUUAGAAUAGUUAAGAUAUUAUUGCUCAUAUUAGAUUUAAUGUUUAUCAACUGGAAAUAUAAAUUGAAUAAUCCUUAAAAAAAAAAGUUUUCCCUUUUCAGUGGAUGCCUAUUGUAUUUCAGUAUCUUAAAAUAAUAAAAUUAUCGCUCUCACCAAUAGAGUUUUAAAAGAAUAGAGAUUAUAGUUAUUGAAAAUCACAAUAAUAACACUAAUAUUCAUUUUGAAGAGAAAAAUUAUAUCAAAGACUUAUAAUUUUCCCCUGAUUCCUCACUCUUAGCUUUUGCAACUAAUAAGGGAGCAUUCAUCUAAGAUAUUAUAACAAGUUAAAUAUUGUAGAAUUUUUAAGUGAGUAAAUGUUGUUUAUCGAUUUGUUUUAUUGGGAAAGAAUAAUUAGGAAUUGUUUUAAGUGGAUAACUAGUUUUAUAUGAUAUAAAAGAUCUUUAAUAAACAAAAAUAUCAUCAAUUAAUUAAUUACCGGAUCUUACUUUGAAAAUGAUUUUUUUAGAAAAAAAAUUAUAAAUUUGUAUAUUUAGUUAAAAUUGCAUAGCUAGCUUUGGUAAACAUGUUAAAAUAAUAGUGAAUUGA